AUGUGGCUCACGCGGGUGGUGGCGAACGUCCUAAGGGACGACACUGCGACGCCGACGAACAACACGGAGGCCUCGUACUCUUCGGAAGCUCUUUCGCCUUCGUCUCGAGAGUUCUCAUCUCUCCCGCAGAAACCCUCUGCUGCGUUUCCCUGUCCUCUGCUUCCUCCGUCGUCCGCAGCGUCUCGCCCUCCGCCCUCUUCUCUUGGCGCGUAUGUGCCUGCGACUCCGUUGGAUGCGUCUCACUUCGCGUCCUCGGCGUGCCCUUCUUUCUCUGCGGGAGCUCCUCCUCCUGCGUUGGGCUCUGCAGCCCCGUACUGCCUCACAGGCCUCCCGCCGGCGGAGACUGUCUCCUUUCCGGCCGCGGCGGACUCCUCGCCCUCCGCCGCGUGGGGCGGAGACUUGUGUGACGACGAGGCGCUUCUGCGAGAGCUCCAGGCGGAGCGUCUUCAUCCGUCACCAGUCGCGUCGCCUCCUGCUGUCUCUGCGUCCGCGCCUUCUUCUGCGGCUUCUUUUCCAGCUUCCUCGUUGGGACCUGCCCCUCUGCACCUCCCCGGGCUCGAGGGGCGGCCGCACACGGACGUGUCUCCGCGCAGCGUCCCGCAGCCGCGGGACGCUCCGUGGGGCUCGGGCCCUGCAGGCGCGUUCGCGGGCCUCGCGGGCGGGGCGAGUGGAGUCUCUUGUUUCUCCCAUGCAGGCGGGUCGCCGCGCUUCAAAUCAGAGACAGAAGAGCGCGAGUGGAGCGUGAUUCACGAAGGAAGUGCACCUGCGGGUGUUAUGGAGGGACCCCGCGCCGACUCAAGCGCGCAAGUCUCGCCGUCGCAUCCGUUUGGCUACCGCGCCGCUUCGGCGUCUGUGGUCGCUUCUUCCGACUCUGUCUCUUCCAGACCUGGGCUCUGGGGAGUCCCCUCCGUGGCAGACGCGGGCGCCGCGCGGAAUCCGCCAGCAAGAGAGGAGAAGGAAGAUCUAGGCAAAGACGCCUGGGCCUUCGACGACGACUUUGAUAUCGAGUCUCCCCCCAGCGGCCUCGCAGUGCAGGGCCCAGCUCGCCCUCAGUCGCCUUCAGCUGCGAACUCACUCGCUGCGAGCCGUUCUAGCAGCGAUGAGGCGGCCGCUCUGUCGAGUCCUCCUGCGCGUCCUCUUGAUGCCGCGUUUGCUUUCAGCGGACCUUCUCCCCCACCUGCGUUGCUUCCGUCCGCGAAGGCGGCGUCGGCGGCCGCAGGUUGGGCGUGGGAGGAAGACGUCCUCGAGGUCGGCGAGCAGAGUCCGGAGGAAGGCGAAGAAGCCGACGAAGCCAAAGCUAGAGAACUUGAAACGGCGGCGGCGCGCGGGGGCUCGCAGGGCCCCUCCGCAGGCACGGAGCAGCAGCCGCGCUCGCCGGGUCGCGCCCCUUCCGCGGCGGCCUUCACGCACGAAGGAGACAGUCGGGGGGCGCAGCCCCCGUCGAGGGGCCCAGGGUCUCCGUCGCCUGCAGCCGCGUCUCGAUUUUCGGCGGCGCCUCUAUCUUCCGCAGCGGUAGCCGUGGCUCAGGGAGAUGACGCGGCGUCAUGCGUCGGGGGGCGCGAAGAGAGUCGCGGCAGCGCCGCGGGAGCCGCGCAGGGUCCUCCGUUAGAGGGUGGCAACGGGCAAGACGCAGCGGAAGGCGCGGGAGUCUCCCCUCCGCUGCCUCUGUGCGCUCGAAUCUCUCCUCCCGCGUUAGGACGAGGAGAGGUGGAGCCUCGCGCCGCAUGGAGUACGGAUUUCGAUGCGUUUAUCGAAUUCGGCGAGGGAGACAGUCUGCCAGCGGAGGCAGACGCGGCUCAUCUCGCUGCGCCUCCUCUGGUGCAUUCCCACGCACCUGGAGAGCCCGCUGUCUCCUCGGUAGCUCUAGCCCUGCCCGCUUCUUGUUCUCUGGCGGCGGGGCUCUCCUCUGCCUCCCAGGGCGCGUAUACUUCUGUUGGGCCGCCGCUCUUCUCGUCUUCGCCUGCGUCUCUUCCUUAUUCCGGCGCCGCGGACCCUGCUCCAGCUUCGUCGCUCUCUGCCGUGGAUAUCCAUCCUUCCGCUUCCUCCCCUGCGGCGACGUCGUCUCUCGCAGGGUUUCCCUCGCCCCUGCCUUCCUCUUGCUCGCCAGCGUCUCCGCGGCGAACUUCUCCGUCGGGACAGUUUGCGGCCUUCGGGCGGGACGAAGCAGGUGCGGCUCUCUGGCGCGGAGAGUCGGCGGCGAAAACGCCUUGCGAAGAGGCAGCGAGAAGGCAAGAAGGCGGCGUCGUAGUAGAUCUGGCGGUUCAGCUGGAGGCAGCUGAGGAGGAGCGGGCAGCAGCGAGCCGAGGCGAGGGGCUCCCAGGAGAGCGUGGAGUCGAAGGAGCGAGUCAUGGUGAGGAGGAAGCAGACCAGAGAGUUGAAGAAGGAGGGAGGGGAGAGGAAGACACCCGCAGUGCGGGGUUAGAGGGCUCAGCCGGCUGGGACGUCGAGUUCGACUUCGAGGACGCGGAGAAUUCCGACCUCUGUGAGAAGAACGAACAGGGCGGAGGGGGAGACGAAGACGCGAGAAACGAAGGCGAACCAGUGCCUUUCUCUCCUGUUGGAAGCGAAACUGAGAAAGAGGCGGAGGCGCCGUUGCCUGGCGGUGCAGAGGCGGCUGCGAGCGUCUGUCUGGGCGACGUGCCUCCGGCGACGAUCGAGGCGCGACAGCAGGACGCGACAAGGGAGGAGGAAGGGAGGAGGCGCGGAGAAGAAGACCGACAGCCGGGCGCAGAAGAAGGGCAGCUCGCUGGAGGGGCUGCGGCCGCGCCUGGCUUCAGACAAGGACCUCUCGAAAUUUCGUCUGCGUGGAUCGUCGCCGUAGACCUCGAGGAAGCGCGCGCGGAGGAGCUCGCGGCCGGCGCAGGCGAUCAGGCUUGGGACAGACGAGACGCAGGCGUCGCUCAAGAACGCGCCGCUCCGUCUCCGUCACCGCGGAGGGACGCGGCGCCCCUUCCUUGGGGCAACGACUUCGAUCUCGAGGGUCGCGAAGGGAGACCAAGCCUCGAAGAGAGUCGCGAACCUUGCAGAGAAGAAGGGAGAGGACUUGACGGGGGAAACCUCGGCGCGUCUGCCUCUUCUAAAGCCGCGGAAGAGGUUGCGGGCGCGUGGGACGUCGACUUUGAUCUCGAAGACAUCCAGGCGAGCGAACGCGCCGACGAACGAGACACGGCUCCAGAGGGACACGCGCGCGGCGCGGACGUCGCUUCCUCGGCGGCCGAGCUCAGGGGGCUGCGAGGCGAAGCGGUCGAGGAGAACGAGAAGGGUGAGCAGGCGGCACCGCAACCGCAGGUUGGACUUUCCUCCUCUGGCGACGCGGACGGUGCUGCGACGUGGAACGAUGACUUCGACAUCGAGAGCGACAGCGCGGGGUUCGAGCAAGAAGCCUCCCGAGGGCCGGAAGACGCCAAGAAGGAGACAGGGGCUCAGAAGGCCGCAGCCGACGAGCCGAGCCAGGCCGCUGGCGGCGCCGGGACGUGGAGCGACGACUUUGACAUCGAAGAAAACGGACGCGCGGAAGCCCUCGCGGCGCCAGAGGGCGAAGAUCUCCACGCCUUCGCAGUCGCGCCUUCGUGGGGCGUUGAGUUCGACCUAGAGCCGCCGCACGAAGAAUGCGGGGGGCGCCGAAGCGCCGGCGCCGAAGCGCAGCCAGAAGACCUGGGGGGGGACGCGCGAGAGUCCGCAGAGAGAGAAGAAUUGUAUCCUGCGCCAGCUGCGCAGCGCGGAGACCUCCACCUUUCUGCCUGGGGGGACGAAUUCGAGCUGGACUCCCCCCGACGCGAAGAGGAGAGCGACGAGCUGCAGCACGCGGCGCCAGGCCGAGAGCGAGGCGCGGCGACGAGCGAUCACUCUGCGGACGAAAAGAGAGGAGAAAACGUGGAUGAGCAGGCUGCAUGCGAUUCUACAAAAGGCGAGAGGUACGCCAACGAUGGCUGCAGCGACCUCGAGGGAGGCGAGGGAGGAGGCGCGCGGGACGAGGCCGCGGAGGCGCAGGCCGAAUCGGCGGCGCCUCGCACCUCGAUUCUCUUCGCUUCUGCCUCCUCGCCUACGAGCCGCACAGGGUGGGGUAAGCAGAGCGGAGAGCCGGAGGGGGACGGAGUGGAAGAAAGAGAGGAAGAGUUGCAAGUUUCGGGUCUCGAAGGAGAGCGGCACGAGCCGCAGCGUCCCUUUGCCCAGCCGGACGAGUCGAGUCCCCGGGAGGAAGAGGAAGGCGAGGCAGAAGAAGAAAACGCGCAGAAGGAAGAAGAAAGAAAAGACAAAGAACGAAGAAAAGAAGAAGAACGAGAAGAGGAACGACAGGAAGAGAGCGAGGGAGCGUGGCGUCCCGCCAGCGGCGAGGAUGGCGGCGCCCAGCGCGACGCCUGUGCGUUUUUAGGCGAAAAGACCAAACCUCAGCGACGCGUCGUGCCUGACAACCUUUUCGAUGAAAAUGUUUCCCCGAGUGUUCCGUGGAACGCCGGGCAAGGUGCGUCUACGCGGAUCUCUCAGCCGCCGGGCUCUACGAACGCAGCUGCGUCUCCUUCUCCACAGAACGCUUCCCUCGCUGCAACAGAGAGCGUCGCAUCGUCCUCCGCAUCUGCUACCCUUUCGUUCUUCUCUGCUUCCUCCUCGUUGGCUGAUCCUCCGCUCUCGCUGCCGUCGUCCUACGAGGCAAACGACGGCCGGCGUCUCAGAUCAUCCGGCAGCGUGCAGAAAGAAAGAGAGAGAGACGUGUCUCGGUUGUUUGCUGCGGACGACUCGCUCGUUGCCUUCGGUGGAGGGAGCGCUCUAUCUCCCCUCGGUGAGACAGCCUCUCCGGUUUCUCAUGGAUUUUCUGCGGCUGCAGCGCCUGUGCAGCUGCUGCCUGCGCGCUCGCCUGAGGAAGUUCAGGACGUCUCUCUUUCUCCCGCGUCUCGCGGCCUGGCGAUCACGGCGCACUUUCUGCCUGCGGGCACCAUCCCGCUCGGUGAACUGCAAAUGCGCGAGGAAGGCCGUGAAAAACAGCGCCAGGAAGAAGAGGAGAAAGAGAUACAGAAGCAAGACGAAGAAAAUGAGGAAAGAGAGCGGCAGCGGCGCGAGGAAGAGGAGAGAGAGAGAAGGAGGCGGGAGGAGGAAGAGAGGGAACGAGAACGACAGGAGGAAGAAGAGAUGGAGAGAAGGAGGCGGGAGGAGGGAGAGAGGGAACGAGAACGACAGGAGGAAGAAGAGAUGGAGAGAAGGAGGCGGGAGGAGGAAGAGAUUGAACGAGAACGACAGGAGGAAGAAGAGAUGGAGAGAAGGAGGCGGGAGGAGGGAGAGAGGGAACGAGAACGACAGGAGGAAGAAGAGAUGGAGAGAAGGAGGCGGGAGGAGGAAGAGAGGGAACGAGAACGACAGGAGGAAGAAGAGAUGGAGAGAAGGAGGCGGGAGGAGGAAGAGAUUGAACGAGAACGACAGGAGGAAGAAGAGAUGGAGAGAAGGAGGCGGGAGGAGGAAGAGAGAGAGCGGCAGAGACAACUUGAUGAAGACCGAGAGCAGCGCGAAAGUUCUUUUCUUGAGAGAGAAGAAUCCCUGAAGGCGGAGAUCCUUGUUCUUCAGCGGCGGCAGGAGGAGUUCCGUGAGGCGUGGGCGAGGGAGCGCGAAGAAAGCGAGAGGCGUGUGGCUGCCGACUGCGAGCGGAAGAUCCACGCGUUGAGAGAGCAAAACGCGCGAUCUUUGAGGCAGGAGCUGUCUGUUCAGAGAGAGCAGUUUGACACGGAGAAAGCGGGACUCCAAGCCCAGCUCGCGCAGCUCACGGCGGAGGUUUCGAGUCUCCGAAAUCGCCUUCUCGCAGCAGAGAGGGAACGCGACGAGGCGAGUAGGCUCCUCAGCUCGCUGAACAGCGAGAGGGAGACGCGGGAAGAAGAAGAGCGCGCGCGUGAGCGGCGCGCGUCCGAACGGAGAGAAGAACUUCGCAGGAGCCGUGACGAACUCUUCGCAGUCCUCGCGCGCGAUCGAGAAGCGAUGCAAAGCGCCCUCGCGUCCGCGCUCGCCAACCUGGAGGCCGACACAGCGAGCUGGCGGGCGGUCUGGGAAGCGCAGAUGAAGGAACAGUGGAGACUCGAGAGACGAAGAGAUGAAGAAGCGAUCCUCAACAAAGAGCGCACACUCACUGAGCUGCGAGAAGAACUUGAGAGGCUCAAAAGGGCCAGCGGUGACCAGGUGGCUCUGUGCGUCAGAGAGAAAGCAGCGGAGCUGCAGAGCGAGCGGGAGGAGCGCAUGCGCCUAGCCAGGCAGCUGAAGGAAAUUCUGCGCGUCCACGCGCGACUCAAAGCAGGCGGGGGAGAAGACGAAGAGCCGCCGCGCACCCCGGAGGCGAUCGAGGCGAGUUUCUUCGCGGCGGAGCUCCAGCGGUGCAGAGACAUGGCGGAACUUUGGACCGAGGAGAAAGAAGAGCUUCUUCGGCGUCAGCAAGAACGGGAACGGCAGUUCGCGGAGGAGGUUAAGUGUCUGCAGGCUGCGGGAGCUCAGGACCGCGCGGACUGCGAGAGGCUCCUCGCCGUCAACGGCGACUUGGCACGAGAGCUGCAGGAGCUUCGCCACGACGUUGCGCGACUCGAAAGGGCGGACGCCGAGGUGGAGGCCCGCGAGGGCCUGAAGCGGGAAGAGGAGAACGCGCAGCUUCGGCGGCGGGUUGUCGAGUUGGAGUGUGAAUUGCGACAGAGAGAUAGCGAAAACACCCACUUGCGCAUGCAGUUUCGGCUUCUCCAAGACGCGGAAGAGACUCCCGCGCCGUUCGCCUUCUCCGACCGUGUGCCGCUUGCGGCCUCUCCGCGGGCCGGUUCCUCGUUGCCGCAACGUCCGUACUGCAGCGAAUCUCGCGCAAGUGCUGCGGAAUUUUUCUCACAUUCCUCUGCUCGAGUUGACUCUCUUCCGGCGCAUUCCGCCCCCUCCAGAGCCUGGUCGGGAGGCCGUUGUCCGCGAGAAACUCCGUUGGAAGCUGCGCGGAUGCGCGAGCAGGGGCACGCGCCGCCCGCCGGCCCCCUGUCUCCACCCGUCCCCGCACCACAGGGGACGUCUCCGAAUCGGGAGGAGACACUUGUGGGCUUUGGGGGGUCGAGGGCCCAGGGCGAGUUGGGGGCGGAGAGACGCGCGUUCGCUGUCCCAUCUCUGCAGGAUAGGGUCACGCAAGAGCCGGUCGGUCUGCGGCACCACACCAGCGAGGCAGAGAGUCUGCGACCCGCGUUGUCAGCCGUCAGCGUCGCCUCCGCUGCAGCUACCGUCGCCACUUCGCUGGCGCGUUCGGCCUUUACGAGCGCAUUCUUUGGAGGCGGCGGAGGGACGCGGUCGGGAUCUGGCGGGCUGGCGGAGCUCCAGGCGCACCUGAGGGCGCAGCGCGAGCGAGAAGAGAAGGCGCGAAUGGGCCGUGCAAGCAGCGAAAGAGCGAGGCUGGAGCGAGCGCAGGCACUCCAGGCGACGGAGGGUCAGGCCCCACAGCGGCAGUCACAAAAAACGGCGUGGGAGGACGACGACGAAGACUGGUUUGCUGAAGGCAGCGACGAGGACGCGCGCCCCAGUGUGGAGGCGCAAGUCACAGAUCCAUUCUCCAGUACGACAGGGUCCUUGGAGCCCACGCACGCCUCUCUACCGCCGUUGGCGGCCCAGAGUCCCCCGGUCGCGCCCUUCGAUGUGUCUGCCCGACGUGGAGCGGGUUCGCCUCGUCCAGCGGCGGCCUUGCGUCCCAGAGGUACGUUUUGUGGGGCCGCUGACGGCCCGCAAGGCGAAGCCUCUCCAGCCACACAGGCCUGGGACGCGUGGCGAGUGGCUGAUGACGAUUUCGAUUUCUCGGAUGACGAGAAGGCGACGCAAGAGAAGGCAGCGCUGGUGGAGCCGACGCUGGCUGUCUCGUCGCCUCGUCCCCCUUCGUCUGGGAUUAACUCGUCCGCGGUGCCGCAGCGGCCGCCUGAAUCGCCUUUCGGCGUCUCCUCUGUGAACUCAGGAGGCGCCGCAGCCCCAGUUCUCGACCGCCAGAGGGGUUCGGGCGCUGGCGCCGGCAGCAGUGCCCUUCCUGGCGAGCUGAGCGCGCGUCUAGGCGCAGCGGGCGCCUGCAGCACGGCAAACUCUUUCAAGGGGCGUCUUCUGGAGCCGCACAGGCCGGCGCUCUCGUCGGGAGCUCAGCCUGUCAUGUCAGAGCCGGAAGGAAAUCUAGCUUUCUCCCGUUCGACUGUCUCAGAAGGCUCCUCUCCGCCAGCUGCCGCCCCCGCUCGUCCAGUGCAUGCAUCCGACGCGGUGAUACACGCCUCGGCAAGCGAAUCGGCGCUGAGUGGCUCCGCGGGAGUCUUUUCUGCGUCGCCAGCGGAUCUGUGGGGAGGCAGCGCGCGGCCUCCUGCGGGAAACGCUCUGGCGAAUCCGCCGCGCAGCGAGGGAGAGCCCAGUGGUCACGCCUCGCAGGCGGUCGCUAGCGGGCCUCGUGUGUCUCCGCAGGGGGUGGCGUCACAGGUGCCCAGCCUCCAAGUCGCGGCUCCACCUGCGUCGGCCGGUCUCCACGGGGCGGGGCGGAGCGCGGCGGGACCCGCGGGCGCUUCUCACCCGCAGCGGCGUCUCGUCAUCGGCAGCCAGGGCGGGCUGCGCGGCGGCGCGUCGCCUGAGAGGGACGAGACGCCGGCGCAAGAAAUCGACCUCGAAGACUUCCUCAACAGCUAA